CAAAACAAAAUCAUUGUGGCUGGAGAUUUCCUUUUUCCUUCCAGCUAAUGAUGUCCAUGCGACUCUUCACAGUCUGAGGUUCGGCGUCCCAGGCACAUAUUCACAUCGACCCCAAUGGCCAAGAGCUACAAGGCUCGCAAGGAGGAGUUCGUCUCCAACCUUACAGGAGGAGAUAUCUGGGAAAUCAAUGCAGUAAUACUUGUAGCACAGUCCGCUGUGCUUCUCUGGUCCGCCCUUCAGGCCCAGCGGUCCUUCUUCUCCCCAUACAGCAUACCAGCUCUGGUCACGGAUUUUCUGCUUAAUGUCCUGGCUAUCUUGUUUGCCAUUACUCUUUACUCCAGCGCUCCUGUUCUCCUAAAUAUCCUCCUAGUCACUCCCACCAUUUUCAUACUCUUGGGACGAAAGCGAAAGCAACCAACCCAAAAAGCAAAGCCACCGCGUGCAGCUGCUCACCCUUCACAUGGCGCAUCUACGAAUAACCUUGACCCGUUCCCCGUACGGCCGUUCCUCACGUUAUACCGAGGUGGGAUGAUGGUGACGACGUGCUUGGCUAUUCUAGCGGUUGAUUUUCGUGUUUUUCCACGGAGAUUCGCGAAAGUCGAGAAUUGGGGGACAUCGCUGAUGGAUUUGGGUGUCGGGUCGUUCGUCUUUUCCGGAGGAGUAGUCUCUGCCCGCUCGAUCCUCGUAUCUCGGGGCCCAUCUAAGCGUUCAGGAGAAUCACUGCCGCGACGCUUGCUCGCCUCAAUCCGUCAUUCAAUACCUUUAUUGGCACUAGGUCUUAUUCGACUGUAUAGUGUGAAAGGAUUAGACUAUGCGGAGCAUGUUUCGGAGUACGGUGUACACUGGAACUUUUUCUUUACGUUGGCCUUCUUACCGCCAUUUGUGGAGGUUUUCCAUGCUUUGACCACGAUAGUCCCAUCAUACGAGGUUCUAUCUCUCUUUAUCAGCAUCAUAUACCAGGUUUUACUGGAAUCGACAAUGCUGAAAGAAUAUAUCUUAGUGUCCCCCAGAGGCCUGUCUCUCCUCUCGAAGAACCGCGAAGGAGUAUUUUCUUUUUUGGGGUACCUGGCUAUUUUCCUCUCUGGUAGAGCCACGGGUUUACGGAUAAUACCCCGUGAAACUGGGCAAUCCGGAAGUCCUAGUUCUCGGAAAAAGUUGCUCAUUCGUAUGGCAAUCUGGACGUCUAUCUGGACAAUCUUAUUCACGUUUAACUCCUUUCAAGUCUUUGGCUUUGGAGCAGCAAUCCCGGUUUCUCGCCGACUUGCCAACAUGCCAUACGUCCUCUGGGUAAUCGCCUUCAACAACUUCCAGCUGCUACUUUUCUAUCUAUCAGAAUCCGUAUUCUUUCCUUCGGUUUACAGUGCUACCGAUCGGGAGACUGAGACUGAACGCAGCGAGUUCGCUACGAGCAAAAUCCUGGGGGCCUUCAAUAAGAAUGGUCUGGCAAUAUUCCUGAUUGCGAAUCUCCUGACGGGAGCGGUAAAUCUGAAAUUGAAUACCCUGGAUGCGAGCAGAGAAGUGGCCAUGGGGGUUUUGAUUGGAUAUGCAACUACAUUGACUGCUGUUGCAUUGACGUUAGAUCGGUGGAAUGUGAAACUGAAGAUUUGAUUGUUUUUCUCAUGUGUUUAACUCCCUUUAUAGACGUGUCUGGGUAUACUAUGCAGUGUAUAAUAUUAGCGUUAGAUUGGCAAAUACAACGUCCAAGCAUAUGGC